CUCCCGCUGCGCAGGCGCGGAAGGACGGUGUCUACCCCGCCCUCGCCCGUCUCUCGCGAGAGCGUCGCAUCUUCACGGAGCGCGCAGGGCUUGUAAACAGAGCGUCGGGCGGCGGGCGCCCCUCCGGGAAGGAGCUCCGGCUGCCCCCCCCCCCCAGCUUCAGGAUGCAACCCAGGCACCUCCUGCCAGCCGCUGCGGCCCUCGUCCUGCCAGUCUGCCUGUUGUGGGAGCUGCCGGCCGUAAAGGGCUACAUCCACGCGGUGUCGGACCAUAACACCAGCAUGGAGUUCUCUGACCUGCCGGCCAUUUUCGGCUAUCCACUGUCCCGGCAAGGACUCGUGGGUCUCCUAGUGGAAGCCAGGCCGGCCAACGCCUGCCUGCCCCUCGAGGCGCCUCCGUCCAACAGCAGCGUCUUCAUCGCCCUCGUCCGGCGGUACAACUGCAGCUUUGAUGUCAAGGUCUACCAUGCUCAGCAGGCCGGGUUCCUGGCCGUCAUUGUCCACAACGUCGGCUCGGAUGAUCUGCUCAACAUGGUCUGGGAGGACGACCAGCUGCGCAGGCGCAUCACGGUUCCUUCCGUCUUCACGGGCGAAACGGCAGCCACCUACCUGCGAAGCCUCUUCACCUACGAGAAAGGGGGCCACGUUGUCCUGAUCCCCGAGUACAUCUUCCCGCUUGGCUACUACCUCAUCCCCUUCACAGGCGUGGUGGGCGUGGUGAUUGCCGUGAUGUGCGCCAUCCUGAUUGUUCGGUGUAUGCAACAUCGGAAGAGGAUGCGGAAGGAUCGGCUCUCCAAGGAGCAGCUGAAAAAGAUCCCUGUGCACAAGUACAAGAAAGGAGACGAGUAUGACGUCUGUGCCAUCUGCCUGGAAGAGUAUGAAGAUGGGGACCGGCUGCGAAUCCUGCCGUGCUCCCACGCCUAUCACUGCAAGUGCGUGGACCCGUGGCUGACCCAGACCAAGAAGACCUGCCCGGUUUGCAAGCAGCGGGUGAUCCGCUCCCCGGAGGACUCGGACUCGGAAGGGGAGGAGGGCACCGACCCUACCGUGCCCGGCCAGAGCGAGGGGGUGGCAGUGGACUUGGGGCAGGAGGAGGAUUCGGAGCGCACCCCCUUGUUGCGCCCCUCGCCCAGCACAGCUGUGGCCCCCCCUUGCUUUGGCAGCAUGGCCCGGUCGGUCCCCUCGAGCCCCCAGGAGCUUCUGGCAGAGGGUGGGGAGGAGCCGCCCCCCAGCCCUCCCUCACAGAGCCAGCUGCUGGUCUAGCCCACCGCCCAGGCUCGGGUGGCUGGCAAACCCCCUCCUCUCAGCACAGGUGGGAAAGGCUGCAGAAGAGUCCUUUUGCACCCGGUCCGGCUUCCAGGCUUUGUAACUGCAGGGCUGGUGCAAGGCCCUAGUUCUUGCACACUCCCCCCUUGGCGUGUGGAGUAGAAGAUGGGGAUCUUCAUGGUGCAAGAGAAGCAGCAGGUCCUCCCUUCCAGCCCCCCCGCCAGCCUGGCAGGAUGCUUGGCAAGGUGGAGCAGCGUCCUGGGUGCCAGACGCCCUUCUUUGGGCUGUUCCCCGGCCCUUCCGCAGACACAGUCCAGGCCUUCUCCUGCACUUCUCUGUGCACUGCCAAGCGGGAGAGCCUGGAGCAGAUUCCUAACAGCCUGGGGGAUGAUGGGUAGGGGGCCCUGAACCGUUGCUGAGCAGGCUUGUCUUCCUCUAUGCUUCCUUGGCUGGACCAGUUAUGUGCCAACCGAGCCCUUUCCCCCCAGGGGGCAGCCCUUCAGAAAAGGGGGCGAGAAUCUCCCCCCCCCACACACACCAAGUCUCCCUAUCACGCUGCUGGCUCUUCUGCCAAACACCUGAGGGAUUUUUACUUUUAGUGACUUUCAGCUGAUUGGGCAGAUUCUGCCAAAGGACGGUGGGGGAGGGGCACAGCAAGGGCAAAGGGAAGGAGCAGGCAGCCCUCCACUCAAUAAAAAUACAAUUUACAUUCA